CGAAGCAUAAUGCGGCAAGUAAAUAUCAUUGUCGUAGCGUGUGUCUGCGCCUUUUGGUUCCCAUCGCCGCCAGUUUUCGGUGAUUCCAAUGCGGACGCACAGGCGGAUGGCGCAGACAUAAUGAAGGUUUUUGAGAAACACCCCUAUGGCGUCGCCAUACUCGACACUGACAACGAUGGAGAUCUCGAGUGCCUGACCGCCGUCCGAACAAAAUUUGAUAAGGAUGAAUCGACUGCUGAUUACGUCUGGCUUCUAAAGGGUCUGAAAGGCCACGUGAAAAAGAACAUCACCUUUCACUUCAAAAAAGGAGACGCACCCGACAAGGCCUUCGUCACUGUCGAUGACGCUGACGGUCAAAAGCAGGAAGCAAGAGCCAUCUACGCAGACUACGAGACCUGCGCCGUGUUGGAGAUUCCAUAUAACGGAAAUCCACAGUGCAUUCUAUGGACUACGGAUGAAGUCAAAGACAAUGUUCCAAGUAAAUGCACCGAGCAAUUCCGAAAGAACUGCGAUGUAGAAGUUAUGGCCUACGAUAAGGAGUCUUGCAGCCAAGUAUAAUAGGAUGGACCGGAAGAAAUGGCAGCUGAUUUAGGAUACUACGUAGUGCUUUUGUAUGUGUAUUGUCGGCAGAA